UUUCUCUGAGUGCAGCAGCAGCAUGGAUGACAUGGAUGUUUGGCCAGAAGUAGAGAAAGCAGCUACAGAUAAGAGGCGUGAACUGGUUUUACAGGGCCCUGCUGUUGACACAAGGAUAUCCUCCAAUGGGGGGAUCAGCCCCGCUGUUUAUUCCCUGCGUCUGCUGAAUUACCUGGAAGUCAGUCAGUGCCCCAGUCUGACAGAGAUCCACGAGGACAUCCGGCAGCUGACCAACCUGACCAGCCUCAUUCUGUGCAGAAACAAGCUGGGCUCCUUCCCCGAUGUCAUCAACAACCUCAAAGCACUCAAGGUCCUGGACCUGUCCGUGAACAACCUCACGGUGUUGCCCGAGGGCUUGAGUCAGCUGAAGGAGCUGAACACGCUCAACAUCAGCUGCAACAGUCUGGAGGUUCUGCCGGACGGACUGAGCCAGUGCACCAAGCUGGCCACCAUCAACGUCUCCAAGAACCGCAUCACUGCUUUCCCUGCAGCCCUCUUCUCUGAGCGGCUGGAUCUGCUCAGCAGCCUGGUGGCGUCUGAUAACCUCAUCCAUGAGCUGAGUGGGGAUGUGCACAGGCUGCCAGCACUAAAGGUGCUGGACCUCUCAAACAACAAGCUGAACGAGAUACCUUGUCAUCUGAGUGACUGCCACAAGUUAAAGGAGAUCAACUUCAAAGGCAACAAGCUGAGCGACAAGCGUCUUGAGAAGAUGGUCAACGGGUGUCAGACCAAGUCCAUCCUGGAUUACCUACGGGGAAAAGGACGAGGAAAGCAGGGUGAGGAUGAUGCUGAUGGGGGACGUGAUACUGACAAGAAGAAACGGCAGCAGCAAAGGAAGAGGAAGGAGAAGGUGGCGGAGGAACAGGAUGAGGUGGAGGACCUGAACAAGAUGGUGGUGAGGGUUCUCCACGUUUCAGACGCGGCGACAGAGCUCACGGUCAACGUGAAUGCGGAGGUGAAAGAUGUCCGACCGUACUUGGUGUGCUGCUUGGUCAGAGGCAUGAACCUUAAGUUUGGGAAUUCUCUGAAACGCUUCUUGAUGGCUCAGACAAAGCUCCAUGAUGAUGUGUGCGGUAAAAGGACCAUUGCGACCAUUGCAACCCAUGAUGCACAGCUUCUCAAACGUCCACUGAUAUACGACGUGAAGCCGCCGACCCAGCUGAAGAUCGUGCCGCUGGGUCGGAAGGAGAUGACGGCUGUCGAACUGAUAAGACAACUUCAACUAGAGGCUGAUGAGAUGAGGAAGCAGAAGAAGAGGCAGAACGUCACAGGCCUGCACAAAUAUCUGCAGCUUCUGCAAGGAAAAUCCCUUUAUCCGUGCCUCGUGGAUGCUGAGGGAGAUGUGAUAUCAUUCCCACCCAUCACUAACAGUGAGAAAACCAAGAUCAAGAAGACGACCAAAGAGCUGUUCUUAGAGGUGACAAGUGCAACCAGCCUGCAGACCUGUAAAGAUAUUAUGGACGCUUUGAUUAUAAAAAUGGCAGAGUUGAACAAGUUCACUGCUGAGCAUCAAGAGGAAACGGGGUCAGACGGGGACGGGGACGGUGUACUGGAGCCUCCCGCCAGCUCUGAGGCCUCCAGCCAACUCAUCGUCCAGCAGGUCCGGACAGUCGAUCAAGACGGGAACCUGAAGGUGGUCUACCCGUCAAAGACGGACCUCUCCAACGACAUCAGCAACUUAACAGUCAUUUGGUAGUCGGGCUUUGGGUUUCUUCUCCAAUGUUUAUCCACUGACAGGCAACACAAAGUCAUUUUAAUGAGUUAACCGUUUGACUUUGACUAUGUACUUUUUUUAAUGGAAACAUCAUUAUCUAACAGUUAACUGAAGAAGAUAUUUAGUUGUUUGUUUUUUUUUUGCCUAAGAGCAUUGAACGUCACAAAAUGACUUUAUUUUUGCAUAAUUUUAAGCUGAACGAUGUUGGUCAGCUUGUAAUAUUAAAUCACUAAAUUGAGCACGUCAUUAAUUUGUAAUUCUGCAAAAAAGUUUAAUUUACAAACCUUUUAAAAUUUGCAGUUCUUUCUUUAAACAUGCACAGAUAAUGUCUGAUGAGCAUUUAAUAAAUGUGUUUGAUUAAACUGA